GCGAAAAGACGAUCAAAGCUUCCACCACUGAAAAUCGGACAAUAUAAAACAAUUUUUGUUUUUUUUUUUUUUUGGUUAAAUAAAAGAACAGAUGGCAGAGAUUAACUCAACAUCAAAGGAAAAGUCGAAAUCAGUGUUUACACUUACUGAUUUCAGCUCAAAAACUGUCCUGACCGAAAAGGCACAACUUGAUUAUGACCCAUUUGAACAUCGAGAUCAAAUAAAUGGUGCAUCAACGGGUGGAUCUUUGGCUCAUUUGCUUAAAAGUUCCCUAGGCUCUGGAAUUUUAGCAAUGCCUAUGGCUUUCAAAAAUGCUGGUUUGUUAUUUGGAUUAAUCGGAACUUUGGUUGUUGGAUUCUUGUGCACGCAUUGCGUUCACAUAUUGGUAAAAACUUCGCAUGAUAUAUGCCAAAAGGCCAAAGUACCAUAUUUAGGUUUUGCUGAAACUGCGGAAAAGGUGUUUGAAAAUGGACCUAAGAAGUUACGACCUUGGGCGAACUUUGCAAAGCAAUUUGUCGAUGGGGCUCUUAUGGCAACAUACUAUGCAGCUGCAUGUGUUUAUAUUGUAUUUAUUGCAACAUCAUUCCAAAACGUAAUCAACUACGAAUGUAAUGUUAAAAUAAACAUACGCGUUUACAUUGCAUUAACCAUAAUACCAUGUCUUCUAAUCGGACAAAUUAGAAAUCUCAAAUAUUUGGUACCAUUCUCCGCAAUGGCAAACAUUUUCAUUGUAAUUGUAUUUGGUAUAACCUUGUAUUAUAUGUUCCGUGAACCGUUAAAGUUCGCGGACAAACCACUCUUCUCAAGCUGGGGUCAACUGCCCUUGUUCUUUGCAACUGUGAUUUUUGCAAUGGAAGGAAUUGGUGUAGUAAUGCCAGUUGAAAACUCAAUGAAGAGCCCUCAACACUUUCUGGGAUGUCCUGGUGUACUGAAUACAGCCAUGACCACUGUUGUAUCACUUUAUGCUGUUAUUGGAUUUUUUGGUUAUGUUAAAUACGGUGAUGCUAUUUUGGGCAGUAUUACACUGAACCUUCAGGAAGGAGCAUGGCUUGCGGAUACUGCUAAAAUUUUAAUGGCUAUUUCUAUCCUUUUUACAUUUGGUUUGCAAUUUUAUGUUCCAAAUGAAAUUUUGUGGAGAAAAAUCAGUCACAAAUUCCCAGAAGACAAGCAUAAUAUGGCACAGAUCUUGCUAAGGACUGGAAUUAUAUUAAUAAGCGGGGGUGUAUCGGCUGCAAUACCAGACCUGGAGCCAUUUAUCAGCCUUGUUGGUGCAGUUUUCUUCUCGUUGCUGGGAAUAAUGGUUCCAAGUGUGGUGCAAACAGUCUUUCUGUAUCCCGAUAACCUUGGUAAAUGGAAUUGGAUUUACGUAAAAAAUAUAAUUCUUUCGAUUCUUGCCUUGUGUGCGUUAAUUGCUGGUUCAUUUGUUAGUGUUAAAGAUAUUAUUAAAAUGUAUAGUAAAUAAGUAGGUAAUAUUUUUAUUAUAAGAUUUAUACUGUCUACUUUGGUUAUCCUUAUUUUAUGUUUUUUUUUUAUUGAACGAUGAAUUUAUAAUUUUUAAGCUUUAAGUUAAUCUUUACAUUUUAAAAAUGUUACCUAUUCUGUAAUUUGUUAUACGGAUGAAAGCAAUACGGUUGUGCCCAGUUAAUAACGGUUGUGUCAUUUAAGUUUAAGACGUAACACAUUUUGCAGGAAUUAUAAUGGUGUGAUAUAAAUAUUUUUGGUCCAAUUAAGAAAAAUGUGCAACAAAAACUAUUGCCGUACAUGUUAAUUAAAUAAUGUUUAUAUUACUUGUUAUAAGAUAUUGAGAAUAAAUAUGGAAAUAUGUAAACUAAUUAUGUAUGACAAUGAUUUAAGUUCUUUAACUAUAAUCUUACCAUCCUACCUUUAAGUUAGCUUUAAUUUAAAUUGUAUUUAACAAGUCUUAUUUAAAAAAAAAUUCUAAAACAAAAAUAUUUUUGUAAAGAUUGAUGUUGUUCAAAGUAAUAAAAGA